UGGGAUCUCUCUUUUCUAGAGAGGGGCAGGAGAUGCUCCAGAGCAGAGCUUCCCAUCUGCACCAUCAGAGACACAGGACAUGACAGCUGCCUCCUGCUGGGGUGCCUGCAAGGCUGUGAAGCUUGGAGUGCACAAAGUUCCUGCAAAGAAGGAGAAGUAAAUUCCUCCAUGCCCAGAGACAGACCAUGUCCAACAGCAGCUCCAUCACCCACUUCCUCCUGCUGGCAUUCACAGGCACGAGGCAGCUGCAGCUCCUGCACUUCUGGCUCUUCCUGGCCACCUACCUGGCAGCCCUGCUGGGUAACAGUCUCAUCAUCACCACCAUAGCCUGGGACCACCACCUCCACUCCCCCAUGUACUUCUUCCUCCUCAACCUUGCCUUCCUAGAUCUCGGUUCCAUCACCACAACUCUUCCCAAAUCCAUGGCCAAUUUCCUCUGGGACACCAGGGCCAUCUCCUAUGCAGGAUGUGCUUCUCAACUCUUUUUCUUUUCCUUGUUCCUUUCAGCAGAGUAUUUUCUCCUCACCGUCAUGUCCUACGAUCGGUACGCUGCCAUCUGCAGACCCCUGCACUAUGAGACCCUCCUGGGCAGCAGAGUUUGUGUCCUCCUGGCAGCAGCUGCCUGGGCUUGUGGCUUUCUCACUGCUCUGCUGCACACAGCCAAUACAUUUUCCCUGCCCCUCUGCCAGGGCAACUCUGUGGAGCAGUUCUUCUGUGAAAUUCCCCCAAUCCUCAAGCUCUGCUGCUCCACCUCCUACCUCAGGGAAGUUUGGCUUCUUGCUUUCAGUGCUUUUCCAUUUGUGGGAUGUUUUGUGUUCAUUGUGGUGUCCUAUGUGCAGAUCUUCAGGGCAGUGCUGAGGAUCCCCUCUCAGCAGGGACGCCACAAAGCCUUUGCCACCUGCCUCCCUCACCUGGCUGUGGUCUCCGUGUUUCUCAGCACUGGCAUCUUUGUCUACCUGAAGCCCCCCUCCAUCUCCUCCCCAUCCCUGGAUCUGGUGGUGGCAGUGCUGUACUCGGUGGUGCCUCCAGCAGUGAACCCUCUCAUCUACAGCCUGAGGAACCAGGAGCUGAAGGAUGCCCUCAGCAAACUGAUCCCUGGGUGUUUUGAGAAGCAAUAAACUCUUUGUCUUCUCCUGCAGAGCAGUUCUGAUGCCUCUCAGUGCAGACCCAG